AGUCUAUGCCAAAAAGUUGAACAAAGUGAACGAGAAGUAGAGAAACUAAUGAUGGAUAUAAAUCAAUUAAAAGAAGUUAGAAAAGAACAGCAUGCGAAGAUUAAAGCAGCAGACAUAUUUCUCAAAGUGGGUGUAACACGAACCAUCAUCUUGAUGUGGCUAAGCUGACCUUAAUGGUGGAGUAUGUUCACAGCCCUGAUGCUAGUCCAACCUCUGAAGCCCAGCUGACUAAGCGUAAGGCUCUAGACACGCAAGAGCAGUGGCCUAUGAAGAAACCACGAUUGUUGGAGACAGAAAGCAGACCUCUGACAGAUUUCCAAAGCAGUCACCAAAACAAAACUUCCUCCAGCAACCUAGAUACAGACACAGAGAUGGGGAGCACAGAAGAGGAUGGUGAAUAUCCUCGGUCUCCCACAUUUUGAUUGUUAGAUGAUGUUUUUGACUUGACUGAGGUUCAGACCACUUGUUCCUAUUUUUACUGUAUUCAGCUGUUUAUAAUGUAUGAAUAAGGUAUUUUUACUGUUCCAACUGUUUAUAAUAUGUAAGUUAAUGUUUUAUAAAAUAUCUUAGAAAUUCUUAUUUAUAUCUCA